AUGGAGAAGUACAAGCAGUUGAAGGUGCUCGGCAAGGGCAGCUUUGGCUCCGCCUGGCUCAUCCAACGUAAUGAAGAUCGCGCGCAGUUCGUGGCGAAAGAGGUUCGGCUUGGUGGCUUGAAGCCGGCGGAGCGAGAAAGUGCGCAGAAGGAGAUCGAUAUGCUGCGCACGCUGAACCACCCCAACAUCACACGCUACGUGGACCACUUUGAGCACAAGGGCUCACUCUUCAUUGUCAUGGAGUACGCCAACGGCGGUGACCUGUACAUGAGGAUCAAGCAGCAGCAGGGUCAGCUCCUCUCAGAGAAGGGGAUUCUACAAUGCUUUUCGCAGAUCUGCCUGGCGCUGUCGUACAUGCACGAGCGCCGCAUUCUCCACCGAGACCUCAAGACGCAAAACGUGUUCUUGACCAAGGACGGCGUCGUGAAGGUAGGUGAUUUUGGCAUCAGCACCGUGUUGCGCAACACGUACGAGUUGAAACACACGAUCUGCGGCACCCCCUACUAUUUCUCACCGGAGCUGUGCCUCAACAAACCCUACAACAACAAGAGCGAUGUGUGGGCACUCGGAUGCAUCCUGUACGAGAUGACCACCCUGAACCACGCCUUCGACGGCAGCAACAUGAAGGCGCUGGUGCAGAAGAUUCUCAAGGGCGUGUACCCGCCGAUUCAUCUCAUGUACUCGAGCAACCUGUCGCGACUCAUCUCUUCCAUGCUGCAGAUUGACCCUCACAAGCGGCCGAACGUGUCGCAGGUGCUGGAUCUCAACUUCAUUCGCGAGGCUCUGGCGGGGCUACGGGAAGAGGUGCAAGUCGCACGCGCAGACCGCCGCUCCGUCGUGUCGGUCGAGGAGCGGGCACAAAUGCAGGAGGCCGCGGGCCGGCGCAAGGAAGAGUACUGCCGAAAGGAACUGGAAAGCGCGGCAAGUGUGGCCAAGGCGCAGCAGCAGCAGCAGGCCAUCCUCAUGCAGCAGCAGCUCGAGGGAGAGGAGCGGCGGCGCAAUUUAGUGGAGCAACAGCGGCGACUCCAGCGGCAGCAGGAGCUCGCCUUGCAGGAGCGCAAACGUGCCCUGGACGAGCGAGUACGGGAGCAGCGCAAGUUGCAAGGGCAAAAAGCCAAGGCGGACGCCAAGGCACAUCGCCAUCGUGAGAAGCAGUGGGACGACAACAUCAAGGAGCAGGUGAUCGAGGAGCAACGCCGCCGCGAGGCUGAGGAGCACCACUGCCGAUCUGAAUGCCAAGGCCCCCCGCAGCCGCAACAGGAGCGGCUACAGCAGCAGCAGCAGGAGCAGUCCGCCGCGGAGGCGUACCGUGAGAUGCGACGACAGGCAGCAGCCAACAAGCAGCGCUGCUACCGAGAGUCUGUUUUUCCAGGCGGAGCACCUUGCUUGCAGCAGCGACAGCAGGACGAGCCCUCAGCAGUGCCAGCCGGCCAGCCGCCACCGCCGCGCACACCUCCCUCGAGCAGCCAUUACUGCUCGCGCAAGAUGACGCCAGAGGAGCUGGAGGAUGCGCGGUCACAAGCGUUUUGGCAGAUGCGGCGCGAGGCCAUGGAUAACCGAAAAAAGAUGCUGGACCACGACGUCACAGACACCGGCGAGUCACAGGCACCGACGUCAGCGGAGGCCGCAACUGGCGCCUCGCCGGCUCCUUCGAAUGGGAAGAGUACAUCCUUCUCUUCAGACCCUGUACCGCCGCAGAUGAGUACGCUGCCGCCACCGCCAUCAACGGCAGCGACAGAGAAGAAACCGAGCAAGAAAUUGAUGUCGCGCAAGGAUAAGAGUAUAUCAGAAAGCACGGGCGCACAGCUGCCGGCGUCGUCGCCAGCACCUGCAGUGCUGCCGCCUCCUGGCGCUGCUGCUGCUGCCGUCGUGCCGCAGGAGGGGGAUAACAGCAUGACGCCGGAUGGAGAGGAGGGGCUGCACAACUUCUUGAACGGUGAGGCGGCGGCCACGUCGCCGACGGAGGCCGAGGACCGCCGGCGAGACGACGACUACAACGCGCUGGACACGGUCAUUGGCGAGACGUUAAAGGCAGAUCGCCCAACGAACUUCAAGGACGACUUCGACGACGCCGCCUUCGGCGAGGCGACAGACUCCAGCAGGCUGGUGCUGGACGGUAAGACGUUCCACCUGCCGAAUGUGAGCGCCACCGACCCGCUCAUGCACCGCAUCGAGUCCCUGCGCAUAUUCCUCGAGAAGGAGAUGGGCGACGACGACCUCAUUAAAUGCUACCGAGCCAUGAACAACAUCUCUGCCAGCGAUGAUGAGGUGAUGCACCAGCUGCAGAACGCGCUGCCACCGUCCAAGCAGCGCUUCAUCCCGCUAGUCGCGCACCUCGUUGUGUGCGAAGACGCCUUCAACCGCCAAGGCGCCUCCGCCUCCGCCUCCGCCAUCGGCCUUUGA